AUGAAGUUUAACCAGCUGAAGGUCCGCAAGAAGCAACUUCGGUUUGCAAAGUCGCCGAUUCACGACUGGGGACUGUUUGCGAUGGAGAAGGUGGAUGCGAAUGAUAUGGUGAUUGAGUACAUUGGAGAGGUGAUCCGACAAAAGGUGGCGGAUCAUCGCGAGAAACGAUAUGAGCGGAUGGGCAUUGGCUCGAGUUAUUUGUUCCGCGUGGACGAUGACACUGUGAUUGAUGCGACCAAGAUGGGCAACAUUGCUCGUUUUAUCAACCAUUGCUGCACGCCCAACUGCAAUGCAAAGAUUAUCACGGUAGACGGACAGAAGAAGAUUGUGAUUUAUGCAAAGAGAGAUAUUGAGGAGGGUGAAGAAAUCACGUAUGACUACAAGUUCCCAAUAGAAGCGGACAAGAUCCCAUGCCUGUGUGGAUCUCGCGGAUGCCGCGGCACUCUGAAUUAA